AUGACAGGAGCAUCUUAUACCAACAAACGCCUAAGCAGAGGCAUCAAUGCUCUCGUGGGCGGCAGCGGAGACACACCCAUUGUCUGCCUCGCCGGCUGGCCAGAGACAGCUGAAGCGUUCGCCGAGGUACUUCCCUUACUGGCUGAAUUCCACUGUGUCCUAGUCCUCGAUCUGCCAGGUCUCGGCGACUCAGCACCCAGCAAAGAUGGCUACGACACGCAAACCAUCAGUAGGAUUCUCGCGGAAGUGGUCGAGGCAGAGCUCGGCGUGUCGGUGAAAUACCAUCUCGUGGGCCACGAUGUGGGCGCAUGGGUCGGAUAUUCAUGGGCAGCGCAGUAUGGGUCUUCACUACUGAGCUUGACAUUGAUAGACUCCGUGAUCCCCGGCCUCGCCGUACUCCCGGAAUACCCUUUACCCGACGGGCCGAACAUCAAGCUGUGGCAGUUCGCGUUCAAUCGGCUCCCUGAGCUGCCAGAGGUGCUGACGGAAGGGCGCGAGCGCCAACUGUUAGACUGGCUGUUCGAUCGCAAAUCCGUCCACCCUGAACGCAUCACACCUGCGAAGCGCAACAGAUAUGUGGCGUGCUACUCACGACCCGGAGCGAUGAGUUGUGGAUUUGCGUACUACCGCGCUAUCCCGGAGAAUGUAAGGCAGAAUCGUGAGGUGUCGUCCAUAAAUAAAUUACAGCUGCCCAUGCUAGCUCUGGGUGGAGCGCAAGCAGCAGGGGAUAUAAUGAAGACCACGCUGGGCCUUACAGCGAAGUCGGAGGAGUCGAGAUUUGUCGCCAUAGAGGACUGUGGCCAUUACGUGGUGGAGGAACAGCCUGAAGUUUCUGCAAGAGAGAUACUCGCCUUCGUUGCGGCGAUCAAGGCACGUUGA